AUGUUUUGUUCAUGUGGUAUUAUGACAAAUAUUUUUACGGUUGUCAUUCUUAUGCAUCCACGUAUGCGAAACAGUUCUACACAUGUCUAUCUAAUGGUAUUAUCUGCCUGUAAUAUAUUUCUUUUGGCUGGCAUUGCGUUUAAUUAUUCAAUUAAAUCGAUAGCUUCUUAUCCUGAAUUAUUAACAUAUCUACAGCGACCAAAUCCUAAGAACCGAAUGGCUCUACUAGGCAAUGCUUACGAGCAAUUUUACGCGCGUGUUGCACCAUUUACAACACCGUUAUUAUCAAUGCUUUUACUGUGUAGCACUUAUUUUACUGUUCUACUUAGUGGUGAUCGUUAUUUUUUAAUUUGUUGGCCGUUGAUAGCAGAAAAAAUUCGUACACGUAAAGUGGCUCUACGUUUAGUUUCACUUGUUUUUAUACUUGUUAAUAUUUAUAUUUUACCGCAUUGGUUUGAAUAUAGUACCGCAACAAGAAAUUUAACAUCAGUUCAAUCGAUGACAAAUUCAUCAUUGAACGAAAAUGAAACUAGUUUUCACAUAACACCGCCAGUCAAACUUGUUGAAUUAGCAUAUACACGUCUUGGUUCGAAUGCAUUAUAUUUAUCGAUUUAUCGUUUUUAUUUAAAUGUUCCUAUAACAUUUGUUAUACCAUUUACAUUAUUAACUUUAUGUAACGGUAGUAUGAUUCAUCAGUUGCUAUUAAUUAAACGAAAAAAGAAACGUUUAGGCCAUCGUAUGAAAGCUGAUAUACGUAUAACAACAAUGUUAAUUGUCAUUGUUUUAACAUUUAUGUUAUGUCGUUCAAUAAAUUUAUUUGUUAAUUUAUUUGUACAAAUAUCGCCAUGCUUAAAUCAAAAUUCUUUACAACGUUUUAAUACUUUUGCAAAUUUAUUAAUUGCAUUCAAUGGUUUUAUUAAUUUCUUUCUAUUUGCUGUAUUUGGUCAACGUUUUCGUGAAAUGGUUUUAUACAUAUUUUUACGACGUGGACAAUAUCCGUUCUUAGCUGCAUUGGACGGUGUAAGUGGACAUCGAAGUGGCGCAUGCGGGGCAAUGUCAGCAACAGAUAUGUCAAACAGAAAACCACGACGUUCGUCAACAAACGAUUCAGAUCUUUGGGCAGCUAUGGCACGUCGACGAUCAUCAGCAACAAUGGCUGUUUUAUAUAACACAGCUGAAACUCGACUAAGAUCAGUAUCACAUUCAUCCGUAGGUUCAUCACAUUUGAACAUUCCAACGUAUACAAAUGAUGAUCGACAACAUGUAUCAAAUUCAUCGAUUUACAUCACUGAAUCUCCUUUUCCGAAUUCUUCGUAUCAACAAUUAUCAUCAAAUUAUAAUGAUAAUCAAACAAACAUAACAAAUGUUGUCCCGGUACAAGAAGAUAAUCGACAUAAAAAUCAAACUCCUAGUUGUAUGAAAAAGAGAGCAGAGGAUUUGACACCUGGAACUAUGCAUCGUGUUAAAUUUGUUUAA